GAGUUAGAAAUGUAGUUGGUGAAUUUCACUAUAAAUAUUUGGUUCUUCUUAUCAUACGAGUUGCAGCCACCUGGUGGUGUAUUCUUGCAGCUGCAGUAGGUCAGGUCUUUGCACACGAACUAUGCUUCCUCCAGCCAGAAAGAGUUUACUUCGCUGGAGAUAUGAAUGUACGACAGCAGCUGCAUGAUGUUGUGUGCACUUAAUGUUUCACCAGCCAGAAAGAGUUUACUUCGCUGGAGAUAUGAAUGUACGACAGCAGCUGCAUGAUGUUGUGUGCACUUAAUGUUUCACCAGAAUAAAUGCGAGUUGGAGCCAACCUUUGUCGCCUUUCCUUGCCUUCGACCUGCCGCCGAAUGCGGUCUGUUACACUGGUGCCGUGACGCCGCGAGACAGAUCAGCUUGAUGCAGAUCCUUCCGAGGUGGUGCGUGGACUUCGUGGAGCACGGGAUUGUCUGCCUGUGCGAUCAUUCCGGUCGAGGUUAGGUAGUGGGACUACAGUCGCUCCAUUUACUGUCACCUGUUCUGCUUUCUGAGCAUAAUAUUUUUGUUGUUUUGAUGAUUUGACUUGCAUUUUUUUGCAUAUAUUUUUAUUUGCCAUCUCUUUUUUUUUCUACUUAUCUUGAAGACUGCUACUUGUAUGAUGGAUAAUAUGAGUGACCCCAAUGUUGAGUCAGAAUUUAAAUGCUUUCCUCUUGGGAGAGGUAUGGGUGCAGUGAGUGGACAUCCACAUGUGGGCCGGGUGGCCGGGAUGGAUAUGGGUGCUUCGCCUGUGUUGCCUGCUGGGAAUAGGGAUUCGGGGCUGGGUACAUACCUGGUGGGAUCGCCUUUAGAGCAGAGGUCGCAGGGUGGGCCACACCAUUCGACACCCAGCGGUGGUGAUGUGACAUUGCACCAGCUUUCUGAUAUGAUAGCACAACUGGGCUCGCAGAUAGGGGAAUCUAUUGCAGCUAAACUUACAUCCAGUGGUGCUACGGGUGGGGUUGGCCUCACAAACACUGAACGUACGGAUGACACGCCACAUUCUUCACACAAUGCUACUGACACACAGGGUGGGGGCACACCUGUUAAUGUAGUUGUGCGUACUGAUAAGGAACCCAUCAUUUUCAGGGGUGAUGGCACUGACAAAUACACAGUCACUGAAUGGAUAGACCUGAUGAAAUCCUACUUAAAGAAACAGCAAUGUGAUGUCACUUCUCAGAUAGAGGUUGUAAUGGGGAGGUUGAUGGGGAAAGCCAGAGAUGUAGUCAAAAUUGGCCUUAGAAGUAAUCCCCCCGCUAAUACAUCGCCUGAUGUUGUAUACAGCAUACUGACACAGUAUUUUAGUCACACAUCUUCAUGCCUGCCCCUCCAAGACUUCUACUCUACUCUGCCCAGUCAGAGAGAGAGCCCUGUUGAUUACUGGAUCCGGCUCAAUAAAGCGGCGGACGUCGCUGAAGAGGGCCUGAAGCGUCAGAGCAGACCCGCUGGGGAUAUGGGUGGAGAGAUAUCCAAAAUGUUUGUGAAGCACUGCCCAGAUUCAGAGUUUGCCUCUGUGUUCAAAUGCAAGCAGAUACAUGAAUGGACACCAGCGGAGAUACAAGAGAGGGUCGAUGAAUACCAGAGGGAGCGGGUGUCUUCAGUGAAAGUGAAUGUGCCAAAGACUAAUGUGCCACCACUGACUUGCCAUGAGGUACACACAGAGAUUCACAAUGCCUGUGAUACAGACAUAUGCAGUGCUAACCCUCUCUCCCCCCCAGCUCUCUCUCUUGUGGGGGUGUCAUCUCUCUCUCCCUCGUCUGCCUUGUAUCAGGACCAGCAGCUGUCACUCUCUCCAGGGCCCCAGGCUCACCUGUCAUAUACGCCCUUGGCCCAACUGCAGCCACCCCAGACCCUCUCCUCAUUGCCACAGUAUCAGCGACCUCCCUUGCCCUCUGCAUUGCCGGCCACACCACUGCAGAGUCGACAGCCUGACAGCACUGUUAUGCUCACAGAGAUGAUGACUAUGCUCAGGGAGCUGCUGGACAAAACACAGUCUGGAGAUCGGAGGCCUGCUCCAAGCCGUGGUGGUGGUGGUGGGCGAGUACGUAACCGGAGUCAGCCUGCAAUGAACUGUCGUGUCUGCAAUGAUGUAAGCCAUACUACUGAGUCCCACUGCCGUUGGGAUCGCCUCUGCUUCACAUGCUUCAGACCUGACCAUACACAACGCACAUGCCCCACUAGGCGCUCAGCCCACAGCAACGUACAGGGAAACUAAAUGACCUGUGCGUCGAGGGGGGCCGUAUGGGUCAUGAAGAUAACUCCCAUGUUAAUGAUGCUGCUGUUUUAUACAAAAAUGUUCAAACUUCAAGUGAUUCAGAGACUGUCAUCAUCCAGAAUACACAAAAGAUCAGGGGCAGUGAUAGCCUAUUUUACACUCCUGUGGUAGUCUCAGACAAAGUAACCCUUCGUGCUAUGAUGGACAGUGGCUCUAUGGCCUGCUCGCUGAGUACUGAGGCACAAAAGAAACUUGUCAGUUCUGGGGCUGUUGACAUGAGCUGUGUGGAAGCGACUGAGGUGGUCUUCGUCGGAUGUGGUGGCGUGCGUGUGAAACCUGAGUCCGUGGUGAAUCUCAAGAUGGUCGUGUAUGGAUGUGGAGUGUCAGUGCCCGCCUUCGUUGUGGAGAAUCAACAGGAUGACUUGAUCAUAGGGUCCAAUGUUCUCAGACAUUUAAUUCGUCGGUUCAAGAAUGACACCAGUUACUGGAAGGCCGUGUCGUCAUCUGCUUCAGGUGAUCCAGAACGUGAACAGUUCCUCUCUCUUCUCGCUGGCCUGGAACGCUGGUCUUGUGGUGAGGUGCCAGACAAGGUCGGCACAGUGAGGUGCAACAGAGCGGUCACACUGCCGGCUGGCGGUGAAUUCCUCGUGUGGGGCACUCUCCCGAAAAAUGUCAGGA